AUGGGUAAUGGGAAGGUCAAAAUUCACAUUCGAGUCUUCGGUCAGGUUGACUCUGCCAAGUCGACCACAAUUGGCGAAAAGCUCGAGAAAAGAAGCUGCCAAGGCUGUACGGAGCGAGGUAUCACCAUUGACAAUGCCAUGCGGGAGUUGGAGAAGGACAAGUACCAUUUCACUUUCAUUGAUGCUUAUGCGCAUCCCAACUUUAUGAAGGACGGGAUGACAGGCGAUUCCUGGGCUGACUGUGCCCUUCUCUUUGUCGAUUACACCCUUGGUGUCAAGCAGAUGAUCUGGGUUUCCACUUCUUUGGAAGGUGUUUUAACAGCUCUAGUGUUAAGAAUUUGGCUUCAAGGCCUUCUGUCAGCCUUAGCCGUUGGUUGA